AUGAGGUACGAUAGGCAGCAGCAACACCACUUGCAACAGCAGAAUUCCUCGUCGAUAGACAUGGACUGCGGUAACUCCUUUCAAGGUUCCGACGGCAAGUGGCUAUACUCGUCUAGCCCCGCGGAGCCUUAUAUGCAGAGCGGGUAUGAGGAACUUAUGCGCCGAGACGCUGAAAGGCAGCAACAGUUUGCUGACGCACCCAAGGAUGAGCCUUCGCCUUUCAACGUAUCCGUGGGAGGAUUCGGUUAUUCUCGGUCCACGGACCCGGUCUACAAGAAUUCGAAUGGGGCAUUCUCGACGGCGGAGCACUCUGGACAAACCUGGGCGGGUUUGCCUAAAACCCAAGCAGGGACGGCAGACGCGAUGGAAAUUAUGUAG